AUGGCUUGUCCUGGCGGGUACGAAUCUCACCAGCACAGCCGAUCCUGCUACAAGGCAUACGACCAUUGGGGCAACUACAACAGUGCUAGAGCAACCUGUUCUUCUGACGGCGGAACCCUCGCCAUGCCCCGCGAUGCCGUCACCAACACCUUCCUCAUCAACCUGAAAAAUGCCGUCGAUCCAAACGCUGCCUUUAUUUUCGGACUGACUGACAUCCGCCAGGAAGGACCUUGUCCCAGCGGGUACGAAUCUCACCAGCACAGCCGGUCCUGCUACAAGGCAUACGACCAGUGGAGUAACUACAACAGUGCUAGAGCAGCCUGUACAUCUGACGGCGGAACUCUCGCCAUGCCCCGCGAUGCCGUCACCAACACCUUCCUCAUCAACCUGAAAAAUGCCGUCGAUCCAAACGCUGCCUUUUUCUUCGGACUGACCGACAGCCGUCAGGAAGGACGUUGGGUGUGGGAGGAUGGUACUGUUCUGGGAAUUUUCAGGCAGUGGGCUCCGAGACAACCUGACAAUUGGGACAACGAAGACUGUGGAGAGUAUCGUUCCGAUAAUCACCAUGACGCUUCCAUCAGGAACAAGUGGAACGAUAGGUCGUGUUCCGCCACAAGGAAGUUUAUUUGUCAAGUGGGGUAA